GGCUUUUUAAUAUCGUUUUUCCACCUCUCCCCAUUUUUUUUUUCUUGAAAGCAUGACCAGUUUGAAUCGCAUAGAAUACAUCGUCGGAAUAGAUUUAGGACAUUCUAAUUCAGGAGUCUCGAUAACUCAUGUGAACGACCCAUUAAAUAUUAUUACCGUUUCAUCCUGGAACGAUUGCAAGGGAGGCAUAAAAGAAUUCUAUUCAUCAAUUCUGUACCUAAAGGAUGAGAACUAUACCCCAUUAUGCGGUAUUAAAGUUGAAGAUGUUACAGAUAUUAAAACUAUUGGUUAUUGCCUCGUUUGUCCAACCGAUCGACAAAAAUUCAUGAAAGAUUGCUUUAUCGAGGCAGGAAUUAUCGAGGCGUCUGAAACUGAGCACCGACUUUCAUUUGUUAUCGAAGCUGUCGCUCUAGGUGAAAUCUCUUUUGGAAUAGCAAAAAUUCAUUCGUCUUUCAAUAAAUCCUUCGUUACUGCUACGGCAGUUUUUGAUGAUAUCACACAAGGCACAAUAAAUCUAGGGAUGAAGUACAAUGAUUGGUUGAUAAAACGUACGACAGGUCGGAAUUCGGUUACUUGUAAAAAAGAAAAGUUUUCAGAAAACAUCAAGGUAAUUUUUGGCAUCCACGAUUUGAAUAUCAAAUCAUUAACCUGAUAAAUUUCUCCGUUACUGUUAUGCAUCUACCAUGAAUGGUCCACAAUCGUCUGCCAUCUAGCCCCUAGAUA